UCGUUAAUUGAAUAUCAAAGUAAGUACACGGUCUCUAGACUGAAGCAAAAUCCUUUUAACGGUGAUAUUUAAUAUAUUUAAUAAAAUUCAUACAGCGACUGAAAACUAAGAAUACUUAAAGAUGUCUGCAAAAGCUCCAGCAGUUGGUAUUGAUCUGGGAACAACUUAUUCAUGCGUUGGUGUUUUCCAGCAUGGAAAAGUUGAAAUUAUUGCCAAUGAUCAAGGUAACCGAACAACUCCAUCAUAUGUUGCAUUCACUGAUACUGAACGUCUCAUCGGUGAUGCCGCCAAGAAUCAGGUUGCAAUGAACCCAACAAAUACUAUCUUCGAUGCCAAACGUUUAAUUGGACGUAAGUUUGAUGAUCCAGCUGUUCAAUCAGAUAUGAAGCAUUGGCCUUUCGAGGUCAUCAAUGUUGAAGGUAAACCCAAGAUCCAAGUCGUCUACAAGGAUGAGAAGAAGAAUUUCUUCCCUGAAGAAGUUAGCUCAAUGGUUCUCACUAAAAUGAAGGAAACCGCUGAAGCUUACUUGGGUAAAUCUGUAAGCAAUGCUGUUAUCACUGUCCCCGCAUAUUUCAACGACUCCCAACGUCAAGCUACAAAGGAUUCUGGAACCAUUGCCGGUCUUAAUGUGUUGCGUAUUAUUAACGACCCACCCGCCGCUGCUAUCGCUUAUGGUUUGGACAAGAAAGCAGCUGGUGAACGUAAUGUUCUCAUCUUUGACUUGGGUGGCGGUACCUUUGAUGUUUCCAUCUUAUCGAUUGAUGAUGGUAUCUUCGAAGUGAAAUCAACUGCCGGUGACACUCAUUUGGGAGGUGAAGAUUUCGAUAACCGCCUCGUCAACCAUUUCGCUCAGGAAUUCAAGCGUAAGCACAAGAAAGAUUUGACAACCAACAAGCGUGCACUUCGUCGUUUGAGAACUGCUUGCGAACGCGCGAAGAGAACUUUGUCAUCUUCAACUCAGGCCAGUAUUGAAAUCGAUUCACUCUUCGAAGGAACUGAUUUCUACACUUCAAUCACUCGUGCUCGUUUCGAGGAAUUGAACGCUGAUUUGUUCCGUUCAACUAUGGAACCAGUUGAAAAAGCCAUUCGCGAUGCUAAAAUGGACAAGGGAACUAUUCAUGACAUCGUCUUGGUUGGAGGCUCUACUCGUAUCCCAAAAGUUCAAAAAUUGCUCCAAGACUUCUUCAACGGAAAGGAAUUGAACAAAUCAAUCAAUCCUGAUGAAGCUGUCGCUUAUGGUGCUGCUGUACAAGCUGCCAUCUUACAUGGAGACAAGUCUGAAGAAGUUCAAGAUUUGUUGCUUUUGGAUGUCACACCAUUGUCUUUGGGCAUUGAAACAGCCGGAGGUGUUAUGAGUGUUCUCAUCAAACGUAACACGACAAUUCCAACAAAACAAACCCAAACUUUCACCACCUAUUCAGACAACCAACCAGGUGUAUUGAUUCAAGUUUUCGAAGGUGAACGUGCGAUGACGAAAGACAACAAUUUGUUGGGUAAAUUCGAAUUGGCUGGAAUUCCACCAGCACCUCGUGGGGUUCCCCAAAUUGAAGUUACUUUCGAUAUUGACGCUAACGGUAUCUUGAAUGUCACUGCUUUGGAGAAAUCAACAAACAAAGAAAACAAAAUCACAAUCACCAACGACAAGGGUCGUUUGAGCAAAGAAGACAUUGAACGAAUGGUUAAUGAAGCCGAAAAAUAUCGCUCGGAAGAUGAGAAACAAAAGGAAACGAUCUCAGCUAAGAACGCUUUGGAAUCUUAUUGCUUCAACAUGAAAGCUACCAUGGAAGACGAGAAAUUGAAGGAUAAAAUUAGCGAGACUGAGAAAAAGACCAUCUUGGACAAAUGCAACGACACAAUCAAGUGGCUUGAUGGAAAUCAAUUGGCAGAGAAAGAAGAAUAUGAACAUCGUCAGAAGGAGUUGGAAGGCGUUUGCAAUCCAAUUAUCACUAAGUUGUACCAAGGCGCAGGAGGUAUGCCCGGUGGAAUGCCAGGUGGAUUCCCUGGUGCUGGUGCACCUGGAGCUGGUGGUGCACCUGGAGCCGGCGGCUCAGGACCAACCAUCGAAGAAGUCGACUAAGAAGUUUCCUUCAAACCUCUUCAAUCUCACCAAACAAACGUCAACUUUUAAGUCUUUAAAUUUCCUCAAAUGUUCAAAAUUUCCUCACUCAGUAUUUGCCCAACUCGUUUAGAUGUUCAUGUAAAGGAAUUAUUACAAUUAAUCUUCAUUCCAAUCUGUUUUUAUAUCCAACAGAAGUAAUAGUUUUGAUGUUAAAGAAAAAGCAGAGCAGAAAAAAAUGAAAACGAAUAAAAAUUUGAGUUGAUGAUCUAA